UUUGAGUGACGGGAGCAUUAGCCAAUCAGAGAGCUCCAUUUACACGCGCUUUCUGAAGCUAAGGACGCGCCGCCAUUUUGCCCGACAACAAGCGAAAAUUCGACAUUUUAUCGGAUUGUUUACAUUGGUUUAUGACAACGCAAUUAUGGUGAAACGUUGCUGUUGGGGCACUUGUAACACUGAUAGCAGAUACCCAGAUCGGCUUCAAGGAGGGAUAGUGUUCAUUCCUUUUCCAAAACCUGGAAGAAACUUGGAAAAAGCGAAGAGGUGGAUACGCUUGUGUGGUCGUCCCCAUUAUCAGUUAAAUGAAGAUAUACUCAAAGAAAGAGGGAAAGCGAAACAUUUAUAUGUGUGUUCAAAGCAUUUUGUCAAUGGCCAACCAUCUGAGAUUCAUCCUGAUCCAGUGUCUGCAGUCAGUUAUGAUGCAUUGACACCAGCUCGAAAACCACCCACCAAAAGAGGGUCAAGUUCAGAAACGAGAACUACAUCUAAGCGACAGAUUUUGAUGGACACUAGUACUGAUAUGAAUCAGCACAAUGAAGCUGGCAGUGAUGUGUUAAAGGCAUCUUCUGAAAUCCAACAUGUUUCAACGACUGCAACUACAAUUUCUCAAGCAUCAGCAACAUAAAAUGUGAACCCACUUCUUCCUGGUAAUUAUGUUCUAUGAUUGAAUAUUAGUAUCAAGGAGCAGUAUUUGCAAAUGACAUGAUAUCUAUGCACCAAAAUAAAAAAAAAGUAAAUACUUCACUGAAAGUGUAAAGAGAACUUCACUCAACUGAAUUUGAAUUAUCUAGUACAUUUAUAUACAAAUUUAAGUGUAUGACAGCAAACAGAAUUUUAUCUCCAAGACUCUCUACAUAUAUCUACCAUACAAAGAUGUUAAUGACCUGUAAACAAAUCUUUCUGUCACACUGAGUCAGUGUUUAUUGUGUCCUUGUUGUUAUGAGGGGAGGGGGCAUAUUAUGUCAGGUACAAACACAUUCUUGUUUUCAUAGUUGGUGUGGUAAAUCAACAUUAUACAUGUAGAUCAGAAUCACAUUUGUGGAUAAAUGGCUUAAAAUGUUGGACAUAAAACUUAGCUAGUUUCUGAA